AUGGUGGGCGUGUGCGUUACGGAAACAGUAGCCGAAAUAAAUGCGGCUCCUUACCUACAGCCGCCAAGGAGGAAACCGGCUUAGUAGGUGAGGGUGCAAUUAGUUAUGUCUUUCGUAAUAUGUAUGGAAGUGGGUCAAGGUUUUCGUUGCGUUAACUACUUAACAUUCGUUCAAAGUUGGGUACUUAUUUAUAAUUUUUAGACGAAGGUUGUACCGCCAUAGGUUGUACCUGCUCUUGUAUUUACACGGGAGGCUGCUUUUUAUUUUAUUUUCCGGGUUCUGUUUAAGUACUCGGUAUUUGUGGUUCAGGUAGAACCGGUCUUGUGUAGCAGAUUAAUCCUUGUGGACUGUCAGUAUACGGGAAAGGAAACAUGUCAGGCUUCGUUCGCCGGGUUAGGAGUCGCUUAGAGAAAGCGUGUCAUUAUCUGCCCAUUGUAGUGAACACCGUGCUCGUGAUGUCAAUCACCGGCGAAGUUAGUUAUUUGGUGGUGGUCGAGGCACCUCGAGAAGCCGAGCAGAAGGAGAGCGAGUGGUCGGGGGUGUGGAAGGCACUCCACCUCCUGCUGCAAUACUUCAUGCUGGGGAACAUAACGUGGAAUGCCAUGCUGUUCCUGAGGACCAGCCCGAGCAUCCGCGGCGUCUUCCUCGACGGGGACAACGUGGGUCAAGGAUGGAGGUACUGCUACACCUGUGAGACGCACACCCCCCCGCGCUGCUCGCACUGCUUCGACUGCAACGUGUGCGUGCUACGCCGUGACCACCACUGCGUCUUCUUUGGCCAGUGCGUGGGCUUUCGGAACUACCGCUACUUCCUGAGCUGCCUGUUCUUCAUGUGGGCGGGCUUGCUGUACGCCGUCGUCAUGAACGCCGAGGUCUUCAUUGUCAUCCUGAAGGAGGGCGUUACCUUGCACAGUGUCAUGCUGCUCAUGGUGCCCUGGAUCAUGCUUGUGUCUGGUCAGGUGACGGCUGGGGCCUUUGCCUUCGCGUUCAUCGCAGACACGUGUGUGGUGGGCUUUCUGCUAGUGGCUGCUUUCCUCUUCUUCCACGUGGGCUUGAUGCUGCGGGGCCAGACCACUAGGGAGUGGUAUUCAAACCGUCGUCCCUACAGCCUGGGUGUGUUGGCCAACAUCCGGGAGUGCCUUGGACAGCGGUGGUACCUUUGCUGGCUCUGCCCUCUCAUCGCCUCCCCACUUCCUGGGGACGGCAUCCACUUUCAAGUCACAGGGUCUUUGGAGCCAAUCGAUUCCUCAAGGUGAUGUGAUGUGCAACUAUCUGCUGUGAAACCCCAUUGAUUUUGUCAAAGCCUUAGAAAGGAAGUAGUCCAUCUCUUCCUCUGGAGAUAACCUUCCCUUGAAGUAAAGACUGUCUCAAACUUUAUAUUUCCCUGAGUUUAAAUAUUCUGUGAUGAGCCCAGAUAUACAAAAUGCAUGGAGAAAAAAACACUGAAAAUAGAAUGCACACUAUCCUGCUUUCCAAUGCUGGAUUUUGUAUUGCGUGAUUGGCAUCAAAAUUCAAUGGAUUGUACAAAUAAAUUUAAAUUAAAUGGAUUCCACUUUUUUCACUUCAUCACCAAACAGUAUGUCUAAAAGAAAUGUUUAAUCCUAAUUUAAACUGUUUUUUUUUUCUUUUGAGUGAAAGCAAAAUGUAUAAUCAAUGGAAAAAUACUACUUUUCUUUUUUACCGUUUAAAAUCUAUUCCCUCCCCUUUACAUGAAUGUUGCCUUGUUGGCAAAAUUUAAGGCUCACUAAUAUUCCACUGGUACUGUUUAUUUUAGGAAAAAAAAAUAAAGAAACCAAUUCAUUGUUUAAACACCAACUGUUCUGAACACUGCUGUGUAUGUAUAUUAUUACAUCGUGAAUAUUAUUGUUGUUUUUUGCCCCGAUGACAUUUGUUUGAAGUGCCUGUCCCAUCAAAGCAUGCCCUUUGAACUGUUGGGGAUUUCAGAAGUUUGAUUUUGUCUGAAGAGCAGCCAACUGACCUUCUGUGCUACCUCAGUGCCACAAGUAGGGUGUGAGCUGGAAGUGAAAACAUUGUUUGUCAUUCUGUUUGUCAUUGUGUUUGUCAUUGUGUUUGUCAUUCUGUUUGCCACUGGUGUCUUCUUAAUGAGUCACUUCUCAGUCCAGUGAAUGCUGGCCAUUUUUAUGUUCAGUUAUUCUCCGGAUCUUACCCUGUCUCUUAGAUGUUCAGUGACAUAAACAGGCACCAAACUUUAACUCGAUGCCAAAUAAUAAUUUGAUUUAGUAUAAUAGCUUGUCCAGACUACUUUUGUGGUCUUACUUGGUUUCCUCUGUUUAUGUAAAAGUAUCAGUUAUAUAUCUAUAAUUACUGUGAAAGUGCAGCAAGUUUCACAAUACUCACAGCAUUUGUAUGUGGUAUUCUGUGAUACUGAAUGUGUCCAUCCUUAUCGUUUUCAAUGUUUUGAGAAUCUGCCUAUGAACUAGUUGAUUUAGUUAGCGGCUAUACAGUAGCAGAAAUUCCAAGUUUGUUCACUAGAGCCUGGCGAUCAAUACUGGCUGUGAACUAGAUCCUUGUAAAAUUUUCUUUUAGUUGAUUUGCUAGUUGUAAAAAUAAAAUUUGAUGAACAAAGUCUUAAAUUGUGAAGUCAAUAAAUAUAACCACUGGGGUAUUUUUAGUUGUUCACCAAUCCUCACUUCGGUAAUAGAAUACCGUAUUACUUCAUCAGGCGACCAGAUAUCAGUCAUUGAAGUUUAGACUAGAAUCAUUUAAACACAUUCAAAUAUGUUUCUUUUUAAACAUGCAUCAGUUCCAUAAACUGUGAUUAUAUGGCUGGUACUCGUGAUAUCAUAUUGUUACUGACGCGUAAUGUAUUUUGUCAUAUUUUGAAAGACCUAUGAUUAUUUUCAAGAUGAAUGACACCAAAGGUUACUGUUAUGUUGGAUGUAAGAACCAUUUAGCUGUUUCAGCCUUUUGCCCAGAAAUACUUUGGAUGCGCAUAUAGGCUUUUGAAGUUGUUUUAAGCAAGUUAGAUGAUAUAAAAAAAAUUUAGGAUAACAAACCCUUGUGCAGCUGCACGUUAUAGGGGUAGGCAUGAAUGUUAAGUGCAUUCUGUAAAAAAACAUUUUAAAAAACAUUUUGUAGCAGGUUAAUGAAGUAUGGGCACUAUUGGUUGUACGUCGUCAUUGUCAGCUGAAGAGUUUUUCCAUUGAAUAAUAAGUAGUUAUUGUGAUGAAGCGUUUCUGACAUUUCUUGCAGGUUUUCUUAGAAGGGAAUAGUUAUUUAUUGUCAUUGAGUCUUUGCACUAACCGCCUGUUUGCCUUAGCCCAAUGUUUUUGUUGCUUUUUACACGUAUUCUCCUCUGAUUUAUUUUCAAAGAACCGGUACCAUUAUGCGUAUCUAGUGCUCAAGCAGCUGUCUUCUGAAAUUCCCUCUAUUGAAUUGUUUCUUUGUUGUUCCCCGGAUUAUAAUAAAUGUUUUGAUACUU